AUGGGGAACCAGAGCUCACGCUCCUCGACGCCCGCGUCGACUCCGCAAUCGCCUGCCGCCGUCGCCAACGUGACCGUGUCACAUGUUGCUCGUUCUGGUUCUGGUUCUGGUUCUGGUUCUGGUUCUGGUUCUGGUUCUGGUUCUGGUUCUGGCUCUGGCUCUACUAAUACUACUACUACUACUGCUGCUGCUGCUGCUGCUGCUACCACUUCAUCUUCUUCUUCCUCUGCCCAUCAGGAUCGUGACCGUGACCGUGACCGUGAGCGCAACCGCGACCGGCCCUCUUUGCACGCCUCACACGCCCCGCUUGCCUCGCCCGCCUCACAUCUGCCACACCACUACCACUACCAUCACAACCACCAUCACCAUCACUACCCCACUGCCCGCCGUCGAGAAUCAAUUCAAGCGCUGAGCACGGCCAAAGCACAGGCGGCGCCGCCCUCUGCCACUCUUGACCACGCCGAAAGCCAUCCCACCACCAACCUUCACCACCAUACCCAGAACCACCUCACCCGCCCGCUCUCCCGCGGCCCCUCCAACGCAGUCGUCGCCGGUCCCUCCGCCACCACCACCGUCGCCAGCCAACUGCGCGCCGCCCACGACAGUCUGCGCCCACCAUCUGCACACGACGCCAACACCAACGCUAGCGCCAUGGGCAACGAGCAGAGCAGCCAAAAGGGACAAAAGGAGCACAAGGACCGGGAGAGAGAGAGGGAUAGGGAAAAGGAGAGGGACAAGGAGAGGGACAAGGCGCAGCAACAGAUUCCCCGCCAAAUCACCCCGCCUCAACCGCAGCCACAGCCCCCCGUCUCGAGUACGACGCCAGAGUCAUCACAGCAACAGCUGACCCCUCCACCACCACCGCCAUCACAACCGCAACAAUGUGCGUCCUCACCGCAGAGCCACCCCGUUGAUGUGCCCGCACCUGCGCGCGAAGAACCUCGUGCAGAACCCCAAGAUGACCUAAUAUCCGCAAUUGACCCCGCCGAUGCCUCGCAAGACUACAUCCCCGCCUCCCACUUCAACCGCCCGCCCCGCCUGCCACUGCCCAUCGAGGAGGAAGUUCACACUCCAGGCUCACCCAUAAUAUCGCCCCAGGACCUCUCGAGCCCAAUUGACCAUGGCGAGGUCGAGGGCGCAUUGCCGAAGCGCUCGUCGAUGCUUAGUACCACCACGGCCGACGACGACGACCUCGGCGACGAGUUCAAGCCCAACACAGGCCGGCCAACAGUGCCCACGCUGAUAGAGUGGGAGGGGCCUGGCGAGCGUGUCUAUGUCACGGGCACAUUUGCCGGCUGGAAUCGCAAAUAUCGGCUGCAUCGCAAUGGUCCUAGUAAGAAGAAAGAUGCCCUCUCCGCUUACGUCUCCAUCACACCCGGCACCCACCACCUCAUGUUCCUCGUCGACAACGAGAUGACGACGUCGGAUAAACUGCCCACGGCAGUCGACUACACAAACAUCCUUGUCAACUACCUCGAAGUUUCGUACGAUGACGUGCAGCCCCCCAACACGGCUGCAGCUGCCACAACGAAAUCAGUAUCAGGAGCAACGGACCCUGUCCAAGAACGCGACGCACCAGCUGGCACUCAACCCCCGGAAAACCGUGCACCAUCCCCCACCAUUGCGCCCGUCAAAGCGCCCUUGCCUGAACCCGCAAAACCUCCCGCCCCAGAGCCGACCAAAAAAUAUCACCAGAAUAUUCCACGCUACCUCCUAGACCUUGACGCGCCCGAGGAAUCCUCGCGGUUUGCGCGUGCCAACGCCAUGACGAGCAAUCUACCGACCCCACCCACGCUCCCAGGCUUCUUGGGCAAGAGCAUACUCAACGGCACGACGCCGAUGAAGGAUGACAGCAGCGUGCUGAUUCACCCAAAUCACACGGUGCUCAAUCACCUUGCAACGAGCAGUAUCAAGGACGGCAUUCUGGCGACGAGUGCGACGACGCGGUAUAAGCAGAAGUUCCUGACGACGAUUAUGUAUAAGCCCAAGGAGGAGAGCAGCGAGCAUGUUUACUGA